CACAUACGAAGCGUCUCGAUAAGUGAACCCUCAGCGAACAUCUUCUACGACUGAGCCGAUAUACAAUGCCUCCAAAGUCACGGUCAUCACUACCAGGACCCGCCGCAAAAGGUGCGCAGCCUCCAAGACCGGCGGGUGCGGCAGCAGGCGGUCAAAAGAGGAAGAGGACGCGGAAGUCGCGGACGGAGGUUUCGUCAGAUGAGGAGAGCUCAAGUGAGAGUGAGAGUGAUGACGAUAGUGAGGGUGAUGAGGAGGAGAUGAAGGAUGAUGAGGAUUUCAUGGGACGGCAUGAGGUGGACGUGGACGAGGAGGAUGAGCGCGUGGAUCGGGAUCAGGGUCAGGAUGAGGAGAUGAAGGAUGUGGGUGCGGAGGAGCAAGCGCAGCCAGUACGGAGAAAACAGGUUGCUGAUGACGAGCGGCUGAAUUUGCCCGCACCCAUCGCGACCCUCGAUGAUCGAGAUCCAGCAUUAGCGGAGAGGUUCAAGGAUUACUACAUGAACCUAGUAACGGAGGAGUUUGGUGAUGAUCUGAAUAAGAUCAGAGAGGAAUCUACGUUCAAUGAGCGAUCACUGCCGAUGCUCAUUCGGUCGCUACAGUCUGGGACGAAUAUUUUCAGUGGGGAAGAGAAGGAAUUGUUUUUGCGAGAGGCUGAUAGAACGGGGAAGGCGAUGGAGUAGGUGUUUGGUGGUGCAUAUUGACAGGCAGAGGGAUGGAGAUCGAGGUGAAGGUCAUUAAGGGGAGGAUUAUCCGCGGGCCAGUAUCUGGUGCUGCUCCCGUCAUAGCUGAAGAACAAUGUAUGCCCAUUCAGCACUCUG